AUGGUUCGGUCUGACGGUUUGGUUCGAUCUGGACGGUUCAACGGUUCAGUAUUGAUUCAGUUCGGUCUUGGCGGUUCAAUUCCUGUCCAAUCAGACCAGUCAAUGGCUGAAGAAGAAACGGGUCGUCGGGUCAGAAUUUUUGACCAGAUGGUUGGAGUAGGAAUUUCUCCAGAUGUAAUAACCUUCACGACUUUGAUAAAUUGCCUGUGCAAAAAGGGGAAGGUGGGAAAAGCUCAUGAAAUAUUUGCACUCAUGAGACAAAAAGGGGUGGAGCCAACCUUAUUUACAUAUAAUUCCUUAAUUAAUGGAUUAUGUAUGGCAGGUCAGCUAGAUGACGCAGCCAAGCUUUUUGGGUUGAUUGCAGAUCAAGGGAUUGGGCUCAAUGUUAUUAGCUACAAUAUUAUAAUUAAUGGCUAUUGCAAGAGUUUGAAGAUUGAUGAAGCUUUCCAGCUUUUUCAGGAAAUGCACUUCCAGGGUUGUAAGCCCGAUGCAGUAACCUACAACACACUUAUAGGAGCACUUUGCCAGGCAGGGAGAGUGAAGACAGCAAAAAAGAUGUUCGAUGAGAUUCAUGUUUGUGGUCAAUCUCCAAUAUUUUCUACAUACGUUGUAAUUCUGGAUGGACUAUGCAAAAAUGGUCACAUUGAUGAGGCAAUAGCUCUUUUUCAAUCCCUUGAAAGUACCAAGUACAAAUCUAGUAUUGAGCUAUACAGUAUACUUAUUUACGGAAUGUGCAGAACAGGAAGAUUGGAAGAAGCAAGGAAUAUGUUCAAUGAAAUGUCAGAAAAAGGGUUUGUUCCUGAUGUUGUAACAUAUAACAUAAUGAUCAAUGGUCUUUGCAAGAAGGGGAUGUUACUUGAGGCUGAUAAAUUGCUCAUUGAAAUGGAAGAAAAUGGUUGCUUGCCUGAUUCCAUUUCCUUUAACAUCAUCAUCCAAGGUUUUCUUCGAGAAAAGAACAUUCACAAAGCUAUGAAUCUUCUAGAAGAAAUGCGCAGGAGAAAUUUUGCACCAAAUCAAGCAGUCACUUCAAUGUUACUACACCUCGCUGCGGGGGACUCACAAUGUUGUGCGAGGCUUGCGUCGCUUCCAGUUCCAGAUGCUCUCCAACAGGAAAUUUUUCCUAAAAAAGUUUGUCGAAUAAACAUACUUGAAUUUUUUUUUUUUUUCAGUUUUCAACUCAACUCGUUGUCAAAACCCCUUCCUUUCCUGUUUUUGUUAUUCACGGGGACAAGUCUCGUGUUCAUGUUGCUCAAGAGUAAAGCUUAUUCGAACCAUGCGGUUCAAGGAACAACCAAAUCCCUUAGCUCCCUUUCCUCUCUAUUCACCAAAGAUCCUCUUCAAAACUCUUCAGCAAAACCCAAACCCAGAUUUCAAAACCCAGAAAAAAGCCACCUUUUGAGUCCAAAAGAGUUUGAGUAUUUUGUCAGACGUCAAUGUAAAUCAGGUAAAAUCACCCUCAAUGUUGCACUUACUUACUUUGACAGGUUAAUAACAACUGAACCUUUCCCAUUGAUUGAAACGUUUAAUUUUGUAUUCGGUUCAGUUUCAAAGCUUAAAUGCAAUUCAGAUGUGUUUUCAAUGUAUAGGAAGUUGAAUUAUGAAGGAAUUAAGCCAAGUUCGUAUAUUUUAAGCAUUUUGAUGAAUUGUUGCUGUCAAUUAAAGAAAAUAAGUUCUGGGUAUUGUGUUCUUGGUGAGAUUAUAAAGAGGGGAUUCGAGCCAGAUUUAGUUACCGUUAGUAUCUUGUUGAAGGGUAUGUGUGCGGAUGGUAAGGUUUUAGAUGCAGUUCAAGUUUUUGAUAAAAUGUGUGAAAGAGGGUUUCGAGGGGAUGGUGUUAUAUAUGGGAUUCUUAUUAAUGGACUUUGUACUAUUCACAAGCCGGUUAUGGCUCUUGAAUUGCAUAAGAAAAUGGAAAAGAGUAACUGUCAAGGGACUUUGGUGACGUUUAGUAUGGUUAUUGAUGCUUUUUGUAAGGAUGGGAGGGUUGAUGAGGCAGUGAGUUUGUUUUCAGAAAUGGUUUCAAAACAAAUUAGCCCUGAUGUUGUUGUCUAUGGUUCUUUGAUUAACGGGUUGUGUCGUUUAGGUAGGUUGAAAGAAGCUGUUAGUUUUUUCGACGAAAUGGUUAGUCAAGGACUCACUGCAGAUUUGGUCAUGUAUAACUCUUUGAUUCAUGGUUUUUGCCAAUUGGGAAUGUGGGAAGAAGCUAUGAAAAUUUUCAAUUGGAUGGUUGGAAAGGGGCUAUCUCCAGAUGUAGUAACCUUCACAAUUUUGAUAGAUUGUCUAUGCAAAGAGGGAAAGACCGGAGAAGCACAGGGAAUGCUUGAUCUGAUGAUUCGACAGAGGAAGAAGCCAGAUAUACAAACUUAUAAUUCACUCUUGAGUGGAUUAUGUUUAACAGGUCAGUUAGAUGAGGCAACCAAGCUAUUUGGUUCGAUAGCUGAUCAAGGUCUUGACCUUGAUGAUUUUAGCUACAAUAUAAUGAUUAAUGGCUAUUGCAAGAGUAGGAAGAUUGAUGAAGCUUUUCAACUCUUUCAAAAAAUGCAUGACAAAGGAAUUAAGCCCACUACAGUGACUUACAACACACUUAUAGGAGUGCUUUGCCAGGCGGGGCAACUGAGCGAAGCACAAAAGAUAUUCAAAGAGAUGCAUGUUUACUGUCAAUUUCCAAUGUUAUCUACAUAUACUAUCAUGUUGCAUGGGCUAUGCAAAAAUGGCCACAUUGAGGAGGCAAUUGAUCUUUUUAAUUCCCUUGAAAUUACAAAGGACAAACCCAGUAUUGAGCAUUUCAGCAUACUUAUUGAUGGAAUGUGUAAAGCUGGCAGAUUGGAAGAAGCUAGGAAAAAGUUUACUGAAAUCUCUGAGAAAGGUUUGGUUCCUGAUGUUGUAGUACAUAACAUAAUGCUUAGCGGCCUCUGCAAGAAAAGUAUGUCACUGGAGGCUAAUAAAUUGCUCAUGGAAAUGGAAGAUAAAGGUUGCUUACCAGAUUCCAUCUCCUUUAACAUCGUUAUCCAUGGGCUUUUACGGGAAAUGGAGGUUGAAAAAGCAAUGAAACGUUUGGAAGAAAUGCGUAGAAGGAACUUUUCGCCUGAUGAAGCAGUCACUUCAAUGCUGCUACGCCUUGCCAUGGAGGAUGAACAAUGUCGUGCAGCUCUCGAGUCACUUCCUGAUGUUAUCUGAAAAAAAAGUUGUUUCUUGUAACAUGAAUGCCGAUGUGAAGCAAAAGUGAUCCUUCCAAGGUCAUUGAGUUUAUGCUCUCAGUACAUUAUUAGAGGAUAAUAAUUCUUUUAGCACUCAUUGUUUGUUUUAAUCUAUUUUUAGCAACUUCAAAUUAAGUGGGAAAUGCUACUUCUAAAUUUUACAUGAUGCUAUAAUUUCAUAUUCUUAUUUCUUUCAGGCGGGGGUCUAUUUGACUUUCUUAAGCAGUUGUCCUUGUUAUUCAGCUAUAAAAAAGUCGUCCAGGUUAAUGUAGUAAAUCAUGUUUUUGGGGGAUGUUUGGAACGGUGGAAAGUUAAAUUAUU